AUGAACAACCAAUACUCUCAAAACCAAUGCAAUGCAGCGGUUAUGAAUUCUCAAGGAACACCAAUGGAAGAGACUUAUGUCCCUGAGACUGUGAUGAUGGAAGAGAAUGGAGGUCUCCCAAAGCGCCAGACCCACCAGACCUCCACUCAAUUGACACAGAUAUCAUGGUGGAAGCAGCGAAAAAACCAUGAAGAGGAGGUGCUCAGGAAGAAUAGAGAAAAUAUGUAUAAAGAAGAGAGACAGGGGUAUGAAGAUAGUGAGAGGAAUGCCAAUGAGAUUGGUGAUCCAGUUGAGGAGACCUCCCUCAGCAGAGAAGAAAAGCAGAUGGAGCAGUACAAAGGGAAGAAGGGAUAUAUGGUGAUUAAGUUUAACUUUGAGAAGGCUUAUGAUCGGGUUGACGAAAUUACCGACGUCAUUGUGACUAGAAAGGAUGAGUUGGACUCGAGACACAAGGUCGACAAAAUUACCGACGUCAUUGUGACUAGAAAGGAUGAGUUGGACUCGAGACAUGAGUUGCCGGAUCAUAGUGGGGUCAGUGAAGAGAAAAUUCCAGUCAUAGGAAUAAGUUUUGGUUCGUUGUCUCUGGCACAGAAAUUUUAUGAAAACUAUGCAAAGAAAGUUGGGUUCGUUACUAAAAUCAGGAACACGAAUUUUGACAAGACGCUGAAGGAAUCAAAGAUACCGGUUAAUCAAUCUAUUCAAUGCACGCGAGAAGGUUAUCGAGAGUCUCGGGUGAACGUAGCAACUUGGACAAACAGAAUUACAGCCACGAGAUGCAGAGCAAGGAUGUAUGUCAUGCUGGACAAGGAGAAGGAAAGUUGGGUUGUCUCUAGAUUAGAAUUGAGACAUUCUCACCCCUGUUUGGCUAAGAAAGCUGUCCACUAUCAUGAGUAUCGGGAGUUGGCCAUGCAUGCUAAGUGCGUCAUUACGGAUAACGACGAGGCUAGCAUAAAACCCAACAAGACGUAUCUAGCACUGGCAAACGAGGUUGGUGGGUCUUCAAACCUGAGUUUUUCAGAAAAGAAUGUCAGAAAUUACAUUACAAGAAAACUCCGAUGUGCCGACGACAAUGCGGACUUUAAGGGGAUGAUGAAUUAUUUCGUUCGAAUGAAGGAGAUCAAUCCCAACUUCUUUUAUGCCAUAGAUGUUGACGAUGCUAAUAAAUUCAGAAGCGCACUCCGAGUAGAUGUAAGGUGCAAGGCUUCGUAUGAAUAUUACGGAGAUGUGGUGUCGUUUGACACCACUUACAGAAGAAACAGGCAUGGUCUACCAUUUGCAUUCUUUGUCGGUGUAAACCACCAUGGAAAGUCUACUCUUCUUGGUUGUGCUUUACUUGGGAGAGAGAAGAUCCCUAGUUUUGAGUGGGUGUUCACGCAAUGGGUGAGAUGUGUCGGGACUGCGCCAAGGGGGAUCAUCACUGACCAAUGCAAGGCCAUGACCGGUGCUAUUAGGAAGGUCCUACCAGAUAUUGUCCACCGAUGGUGCAUCUAG